AUGCCUGUUACGCGUUCUGCAAGUCGACAAAGUUCGACUGCAGCUAAUAACCCACCUGUUUCUGGUGGAAAACGGAAGGCUGAACCUAGGACGAAGGAGGAAGUAUCAAAUGGUGCUGUGAAGAAGGCAAGAGGAUCAAGAGCUAAGAAGGCAGCCAAAGUUGCUAGAGACGCAGAAAAUGGCGCGAAUAGUGCUACUCCGAUUGUUCCAGCGAUUGUUCAAGUUCCGGCAACCCCGGCAACCUUCCUUCCAGCAGUCUUGUCUUUUUCUUUUGAAGAUGCGAAGCAGCACCUUGUUUCUGUGGAUCCGCGAUUUGAAGAUUUGUUUAGUAAACUGAAGUGUAGGCCUUUUGAACAUUUGGAGCGGGUUGAUCCUUUCCGGACUUUGGCUACUUCGAUAUUAGGCCAACAAAUCUCGUGGCUCGCAGCGCGCUCUAUCGUUCACAGGUUCAUUCGGUUAUUCGACCCGUCGUUACCUGAAAAGCCAACCGAUUCAGGAUCGACAAGUAACCCAGAUUCGUUCUUCCCUUCUGCACAUCAGGUGGUUGCUCAGGAUAUUGCUACGCUGAGGACUGCUGGACUUAGCGGACGUAAAGCAGAGUAUGUGCAAGACUUGGCUGCGAGAUUUGCGGAUGGCAGAUUAUCGAAUGAAAAGAUAAUGCAAGCUAACGAUGAAGAGCUUUAUGAGAUGCUUACGGCUGUUCGUGGGAUUGGAAAGUGGACAGUGGACAUGUUCGCUAUUUUCUCACUAAGGCGUCCAGAUAUAAUGCCAGUUGGCGACCUCGGCGUUCAGCGUGGAGUAGUCCGAUGGUUCCUCUCCUUACACUCAGCCAAACAUCCAGUUGCGAUUUCCCCGAAAAAACUUCCAAGUAAUUACGACAAAGAUAAAGGAGAAUCACAAGAAACGAACAAUAAUAUCAGCGCGAUUGAGUCACAAGAUGUGGUUAUGCCGGAGAACCCUCAGCCUGAGAGAGCUUCGACGCCAGAUGCUGCGGCUUUCCCGCCUGCUCCUGUUACACCUGUUAAAGGGCGGAAAGGUUCUAAGAACUCUGGAGAGGACCCGGAAGUUCCAGCUCCACCCCCUGCAUUUACUCCUUCGAUCAAUAGGACUCUCAAUAAAGUGUUACCGAAUAAGUUCCAUCCGCCAUCUCUUCCGGAGGGCCUGUCUGUUAAGGAUUUGCAGAGUCGUCUGGAAGGGAAGAAACAGAAAAAGGGAGUUUUCUUGACCCCGAAAGAGAUGGAGGAGCUUACCGAGCCGUGGAAACCAUACAGGAGUAUAGGUGUCUAUUAUAUGUGGGCGUUGUCCGAAGGCGACAAAUCCUAGACAGAUUACCCUAAUAUUGGACAGUUGACAUAACAAUGGACGACAAAAAGCAUGACAUUUAUUGAAGGAAUCGAAGAUACUUUCCCAUAUUUCCCAAUUUCGCGUUUGGUUAUGGUAAUAUACGUUUGACCUUGACUUUCUGUUUUCGUACAGAUAUUUGCUAAUUUGCUGUGA